CUCGGGGCCGAAGGGACGUAUAAAGGAGGUGUAAGGUGACUCCGAAACGCACACACCACCAAGUCGACGCACCAUGGCCGCCCCCGCCCCCACCCCCGCAGGAUACACGAUCGAAAAGCUUACGCGAGCCGACCUCCCUCGCCUGAGCGAGAUCGGUCAGGCGGCCUUCGAGCACGACACGCACACACGGAUGAAGAUGCACGAGAAGGGCGUGACAGACCUCGGGUCGGAGCUCGAGCCUGUCGAAUACCUCGAGCAUCUCCUCUCCGACCCCGCGGUGCAGAUGAUCAAGAUUGUUGAUUCCAGCGGCAAGAUGGUGGGGUACUCGAACUGGCGCUUGAGCAAGCCGCGUGACCCCGACCCGUCAGUACCUCCCCUCGACGCCCCCGUGUCCCACCCCGACCACCCGGUACGCGCGUCCGACCCUCCGUUGGAACAGAUGCGCAACAUCACCUCGGGGCACAUGAACGGGCUGGCAGCGCGCGCCAACGCGACGACCCAGAGCUUCUUCUGUACCGGUAUCUCGGUCGACCCCGCCACGCAGGCCCGUGGGGCCGGCUCGGCCAUGAUCGGCUGGGCGGCGGCCCAGGCGGACAGGUACGGAGCGCGCUCGUGGGUCCACCUGAGCGACCACGCAGGCGGCGUGCGCGCGUUCGAAAAGCACGGCUACAAGGUCGUCAACGCCGUCACUGUCGACCUGGACGCGUACGCGACAAAGGCACACGAGGGCAAGAAGUGGGGCAGCUACACGUUCCGGUUCUUGGUGCGGGAGCCCCAGCCCCAGGGCAAGGCCCUGCCCCAGACAAGCGAAGAGUGA